AUUUAUCAAGUUGAAUAUACUGAUCUAGAUAACAAAUUUAUCAAAAUAAGUACAUUUCACUGGUUUACGGGCAAGAAACCUUGCUCAGAGUUAUCAACAAAGAAGAUGGUUAGCAACCAGGAAUCGAAAUACUUGAUCCCGGUGCAAAAAGAAGCGUCACCGGUGACAGCUUUACCGAUGAAAGCUUCACCAGUGAAAUCUCCACACAACUGUGAGUCCAUUCUCAGAGACGCAGAUCCUCCAAUCUCUGUCUCCUCUGUUAAUCGCUCUGAAAAACUACGGUCUGGUGUUUUCUUGAAACCCACGAAACAGAUCAAAUAUUGGGUGGACGACAGAAACAGCAACUGCUUCAUGCUCUUUGCAAAGAACCUCUCUAUCACUUGGUCUGAUGACGUCAACUAUUGGACUUGGUUUACCGACAAAGAGUCACCAAACGAGACUGUGGAAGCUGUGGGAUUGAAAAACGUUUGUUGGCUUGACAUCACGGGAAAAUUCGACACGAGGAACCUCACUCCGGGGAUUGCUUACGAGGUGGUCUUUAAGGUGAAGCUAGAGGAUCCGGCCUAUGGAUGGGACACGCCGGUGAACCUAAAGCUAGUAUUGCCUAACGGUAAGGAACAACCGCAGGAGCAAAAGGUGAGUUUGAGGGAACUUCCAAGGUAUAAAUGGGUCGAUGUCAGAGUCGGCGAGUUCGUACCGGAGAAAUCUGCUGCCGGAGAUAUCACUUUCUCAAUGUAUGAGCAUGAGGCUGGUGUUUGGAAAAAAGGGCUCUCCCUCAAAGGUGUUGCAAUUCGUCCCAAACAGUAAUAAUCAAUAUGGCAUAUAAAAACAUAUAAAUAUCCAUAUGCACCAAUGGACCUUCUCUACAUGUGUUUCACAUCAUGUCAUGUGUUUAUAUGUGUAUAAUAAGGUUGAUCAUAUCUAUCGUCUUAUUAGUUUAAAUAACAACUUUGAUGUUGGUGUUGAAUAAAUUCAAAACGAGUGUUGAUGAUGUAAUAAUGUUUGAAGUUUAAA